AUGCCAACCUACAAGCUCACCUACUUUGACAUCCGCGGCCUUGCCGAAAACGCCCGCAUCUUUUUUGCAGUGGCGCAACAGCCUUACGAAGAUGUCCGCCUCUCCCUGACGUUUGGCACGCCGGGUGACUUCAGCACCAUCAAGCGGCCCGAGUUCGAUGAGAUGAAGGCGAAGGGUGAGCUAGACAUCUCCCUCGGCAAGGUUCCACUGCUGGAAGUGGAUGGUGUGAAGAUUGGUCAGUCCAAAGCCAUCGAGCGCUUCCUCGCCCGGUCGCUGGGCUUGGCGGGCUCCAGCCCAGUCGAGGAAGCUCAGGUGGAUCAGCUUGGCGAGACGGUUCGUGACAUCAAGGAUGCAUACCAGAAGGUUCGCGGAGUCCAGGAUGAGGCCGAGAAGAAGAAGGGCAUGGACAAGUGGUUUGCAGAAGAUCUUCCCAAAUGGGUGCAGCUUACAGAGAAGUCGCUCCCUACGGGAAGUGGACCGUUCAUGGUGGGCGGCAAAGUGUCGGCUGCUGACUUGCUCUUCUACACGCUCCUUCUGGCCCCAGGAGGUUUCUUCGACAACACAGAGGGUGCCAAAGCAGCUUUCCAGGACUGCCCGAAGGUCAAGGCUGCGUUGGAGGCUGUUGAUGCUCUCCCGCAGCUCCAGGAGUACCUAAAAGCGCGCAAGGAGACUCCAUUCUGA